AUGACUUCCACAAUCGGCAUCCCAAUCAAGCUCCUCAACGAGGCUCAGGGCCAUAUCAUCACCCUCGAGAUCACCACCGGCCAGACCUACCGCGGCAAGCUGAUAGAUGCCGAAGACAACAUGAACAUCCAGCUCCGCGACAUCACGGUGACGGCGCGCGACGGUCGCGUCAGCCACCUGGACCAGGUCUACAUCCGCGGCAGCCACGUGCGCUUCUUCAUCGUCCCGGACAUGCUGCGCAACGCCCCCAUGUUCCGUAGCCGCAACGUGCGCGGCCGCGGUGUCGGUCUCGCCAGAGGUCGCGCCACAGUCAACAGGGCACGUGGCGGCGGUGGAAGGGGAGGCAGGGGCGACAGGUGA